AUGCUUGCGCUCAAAAACCAAAAACCCUUGCCUUGUGCGCCCCAACUCACUACCGUCCACCGUACACUCAUUCCCCCUUCGCCCUUGGCAGAGAAAACGUUCCCCGCCAAACACAGACGCAAGUCACACCCUCCGACCCCUCGCCUUCCCAAAACAAAACAAAACACCAACACGUCCACCACAAUGGCGCCCCCAAACUCGGCAUUCAGCCUGCAGACAUGUGCGCGCCCCAACAUCCUGGCAUUGGAGCCGUAUCGCUGUGCGCGCGAUGACUACAAGGACGAUGGAACCAAUGUGCUGCUUGACGCGAACGAGAAUGCAUAUGGGCCUGGGUUAGCAUUGGAUAUUGAGGGGGAGAGGAAGAGGACGGCUGUUGGAACUGCGCAUGGCGGCGCAGACGCACCACCUGCCAUUGACAUUGAUCUCGUUGGCCUACACCGGUAUCCAGACCCUCACCAACAAGACCUCAAGCAACUCCUCUGCAACCUCCGCAACACAAACACGCACACGACAACCCCGCUCUCCCCCUCGAACCUCUUCCUAGGCCUCGGCUCCGAUGAAGCCAUCGACGCCCUCAUCCGCGCCUUCUGCACCCCCGGCCGUGACAAAAUCCUCACCUGCCCCCCAACCUACGGCAUGUACACCGUGUCUGCGCACGUCAACGACACGGCACUCGUGCGCGUCCCCUUGCGCCUUCCCUCCUUCGCCCUCGACGUCCCCGCCAUCACCACGGCCCUCUCCUCCGAUCCCACCAUCAAACUCGCAUACCUCUGCUCCCCCGGCAACCCAACAGGCAAACUACUCUCCAAACAAGACGUCCAAACCCUCCUCGAGCACAACUGGAACGGCAUCAUCGUCCUCGACGAAGCCUACAUUGACUUUGCGCCCGACGGUGCCUCCCUCGCACAGUGGGUCACCCAAUGGCCCAACCUCGUCGUCCUACAGACGCUAUCCAAGGCCUUUGGCCUCGCGGGCAUCCGCCUCGGCGCCGCCUUCACAAGCCCGCCCGUCGCCGCUCUCCUCAAUGCCAUGAAGGCACCCUACAACAUUCCCAAUCCCACGAGCCAAAUCGCUCGCACAGCACUCAGCCCACCCCACCUCGCCAUCAUGCGCGCCAACCGCGACCGAAUCCUCCAACAGCGCGACCGCCUCCUCCACCAGAUACCACUGAUACCAGGCAUCGGCCCCCUGCGCGGCGGCCAGGAUGCAAAUUUCCUACUCUACCCGAUUUUAGAGGCCGGCAGCGAGACCAAGGCGUCGAAUGAGGCGGCGUUGGCAGUGUAUGAGGGGUUGGCGGAGGAGCGGGGCGUGGUGGUCCGGUUUCGCGGCAAGGAGUAUGGGUGUGAGGGGUGUUUGAGGAUCACGGUGGGGACCGAGGCGGAAGUGGAUAGAUUUCUCGAGGAGCUUGCGAGGGUGGUGGAGAAGGUACGUGGGGGAUUGGGAGGAAAGGUGCGAGGAGGGGACGAGGAAGAGAAGAAGGAGAAGGAGGCGAGCGCGGUUGUUGCAUAG